AUGGCUCUCGGGCCGGCCCGGGCCGGCCGAAAUGUCGGCCCGUCGGUCCGAUUUCAGAUCGGCCGGGCCGGCCGGACCAUUUCCGGCCCGUCGGCCGGGCUAGAGGUGGCAAUCGGGCUGGGCCGGCCCGGCCCGGCCCGGCCCGGCCGGGCCCGGCGAUUGGGCCGGGCCGGGCCGGGCCUGAGCAAAUUUGAAAAAGCCCUGGGCCGGCCUGAUCGCUUCGGCCCGCGGGCCGGGCCGACACUUUCGGCCCGGCCCGGCCCGGAAGGUAGAUAA